CUCGCGUCGCGGCUGCGAAAGGUCAAUAUGCUUCCUUUAAAGCCUGUUUUGCUAUUCACCGUGAUUGGUUUGCUCAAGUUAUCGACAGCUGCACCGGACAGUGCAGGAAUCGUUGAAAUGGUGAACGGAUUGGCUUAUGGUGGAAUUCCAUAUGGAAGUGUAACUGGCAUGGUGGCGAAGUACCCGGGAUUUAUGAGACAACAAAUUCAAGCUCGUCAAUUGAAUGCUUUCCGAGCUGUUCAACCACUAGCUGUCAACGCCAAUUUCGGAGCUUCAAGAUUAGUGGGAGUGCAACCGCAAACCGUGCAAAUUUACAAUGUACCAGGUGUCGUUGGCACAAUUAGACAGCUAGGAUACUGAACAUAAUUAGUCAGAGAACACUGAAGCAUUAAAACUUGAAGGUACAGAACUUCUGUCAAAGUUUAUGUAUAUUGUAAACGUUUCAUUACAUUUAUUGUCGGAUAAUGUACGAUUUCAUUUAGAAAAUUCAUUAGUUGAUAUCAUUAAAGCUAGAGAAAACGUCUUAGAGUUAUUUAUUUUAUUUCAUUAAGUAUUGAUGUUUUAGAAAAUAAGGAUAAUACUCGGAAAACAUUUCGAUUGUUACUUGAGAAUGAUUCUGUCUCCUUGAACCAAUAAAAUAAUUAAAGAUUUUAAUGUCAAGUGCUUAAUUAAAGCGGAAAUUUUAUUCCGGUACGUUCAUUGAAUCGCUAAGUAAAAAAUGAAAGUAAUUAUAGUGAUUCUUUGACAAGUAAUCAUUUAUUUCAAUAUGAUUGAUAGCUUUUUCUGUUGACAAAAAAUAUUUUUACUGUAGAGAUACUAAUGAGCCACGUAGCAUAACAUUUUGCCACUCAUUAGCAGAUCAGCUAGAAUCUAAGGAAUGCAAUUACAAAGUUUGCGAAUUGACGAAAGGAAAACUUCACGAAGCUAAACACACAUUGCAACAUUAUGAAUUUCUGGUUAUUAUUUUUCUACAUUUUUGCGAUAAAAUAUGUAUUUAAUUAAAUUUCUGUAAUUCUUAUGAGCAUAGCUUAGACUUCAUAUCAAGGGCUAUUACAUUAUGUUAAUAAAUCUCACCUAUUAUUUUUGUAAAAUCGUCAUUGAAAUAAAA